GUAUCUCGGGAAUGGUACACAUUACCGCAUUCAGAUCAUGUUAUUCAUGUAACUCAAAAUGCUCCUGAAAAUGAAUUAAAAGAAUUUAAAGGAAAAUGUUUUUGGUUAUUAAUGGACGAUGUGGGUGGUAGACAUUUGCCAUUAAUUAAUAAUAAUGGUGGGGGGAAUUCUGGUGGUGGUUCAGAAGGUGGUAAUCCAAAUAAUCCAGGAUCAAAUACUAGAGGAUCGAAUAUAGGUUCUGGAAAUACAUCUGGUAAUCCUGGUUCAAAUACAGGUCAAGGAGGCAAUCCAACUGGUGGAAAUAUAGAAGGUUCAGGAAAUAGUACAGGAUCUAAUCCAAAUGAAUCAGGUGCUAAUAAAUCUAAUAAUUCUGGAUCUGGUUUAAAUCAAAAACAAAAACUUGCAUUAGAUAAGAUAUUUAAAAAUCUUCAAAUGCAACGAACCGAUAAUGACGAUAAUGACCUUGAAGAACUCAGAAAGGUUUCACAAAAACUUGCAGAAUUACUUAAUAUGCAAAAU